GCGCAAGGGAGGCGAUGCUGGUGCUGGGCGGCGGCGCAGAGGCCGGUAGUUUCAGCAAUCUGUUUGAGGCAGGAACCGGUGUGAACGCACCUGCAGAUGCCUUUGGUCAGUCUCCAGCUCACUUGGCUGCUUGUGGCGGUGAAGCCUUUUUCCUACUUUGGCAGCUGCAGACAGGAGCGAAUUUGAACCAACAGGAUUGCCUUGGAGAAGCCCCGAUUCAUAAAGCAGCAAAAGCUGGCAGUUUGGAAUGUCUUGCUCUCCUUGUUGCUGGAGAUGCCAAAAUUGACUUGUGCAACAACAGCGGACAAACAGCAGCAGACCUCGCACUGGCUUACGGAUUUCUGGAAUGUGCCAAGUUCCUCACAACAAUUCAGCACACUCAGACAAUGAAAUUGAGAAGAGAGCCUGGCUACUCACUAAGUGACAAACGUGGCUUGCUGAGAGAGGAUCCAGCUGCACAGAAACAUGGAAGUGAAACCAGCAGAUCCAUAAGCAGGAAGAGGAGACGAUCAGAUGCUCUCAUCUCCUAGCUGACAAAAGAUCCAGCUUGUAAUACCAAAAUGAAAUCAAGAGGAUUCGAAGUCUGAAGAAACAGGACUGGACUAUGCAUUGAGCAGCCAGAUGUGUAUGCUAG